GUGUCAGCGUAAAAUACUCCUCCGCAUUGCGAGUGCCCCCCCACGCAUUAGCUGACAGACGUCCUGGCGUGUUAAAGAUGCGUAUUGGAGAUCUGGUCACCACACCACUUCCAUCCACACUACAUCAUACCCACAAAUUAGCUGAUUCAGUCUUGGGAGCUCAACGCGAGCAUGGAUCUGGUGACGGGGGCGAUGGGCAGCCUCGCCCCCAAGCUGCUCCAGCUGCUCCAAGAUGAGUACAAGCUGCACAAUUGCGUCAAGGAGGAAGUUAAAUCCCUCUCAAAGGAGCUGGAGAGCAUCCACGUCUUCCUCCGCAAGGUGGCGGAAGUGCCGUGGGACCAGCUCGACGAGCAGGUCAAGGUCUGGGCACGCGAGGUCAGGGAGGCGUCCUACGACAUGGAGGAUGUCCUCGACACCUUCCUCGUGCGCGUCGAGGGCCGUGACCCCGCCGACCCGAGCAAGCUGAAACGAUUCAUGAAGAAGAUGCGCAACCUAUUCAGCAAAGUCAAGGGUCACCAUGAAAUCGCUGGUGCCAUCGAAGGCAUCAAGAAGCAACUCCAGGAGGUGGCCGAGAGGCGUGCCAGGUACAAAGUUGAUGAGAUCGUGGCCAAGACUGCCGCAACGACAUCGACUAUUGAUCCUCGCCUUGAGGCUAUGUACAAAGAAGCUACACAGCUCGUUGGGAUCGACAAGUCAAGGGGCGAGAUCAUAUCCAUGCUGACGUCGUCCCAAGGAGACGAUGCGUCCAACAAGAAGAUCAUGAAGAAAGUUUCCAUUGUUGGAGUCGGAGGAUUGGGCAAGACCACUCUUGCCAAAGCAUCAUAUGAUAAGCUUAAGUCGCACUACGAUUGCGGGGCUUUUGUUUCGGUUGGGCGGAAUCCUGACUUGGUGAAAGUUUUCAAGGACAUUCUCUUUUAUCUUGACAAACACGAGUACAAGGACAUUCAUAACACAGGAAGAGGUAUAGAUCUGCUCAUCCACGAACUCCGAGAAUUCCUCGAGAAGAAAAGGUAUUUCAUUGUUAUUGAUGACAUAUGGGAGCCACAGUCUUGGGAAAAAAUCAAAUUGGCUCUUGUUGAGAAUAACUGUGGAAGUAGAAUAAUCACAACUACUCGUAAAUUUGAAGUUGCCAAAGAAGCUGGUGAGGUUUACAAGCUACAACCACUUUCAUAUGAUAACUCCAAAAAGUUAUUCUAUACAAGGAUAUUUGGUGAAGAAAAAAGUCAUGAUAACCAACCGGAUGAGGUAUGCGAUAAAAUUCUAAAGAAAUGUGAUGGUAUACCGUUAGCUAUCAUCACAAUGGCUAGUUUGUUGGUGGGAAACCCAAAGGAAGAAUGGUCCAAUCUCUAUAGUGCUAUUGGCUUUGGACAUAAAGAUAGCAGGCAUGUAGAAAAUACUAUACAGAUAUUAUCUUUUAGCUACUACGAUUUACCUUCACAUCUAAGGACAUGCUUAUUGUAUCUAAGUGCAUAUCCAGAAGACUAUGUUAUUGAGAAAGAUCCUUUGAUAUCGAAGUGGAUAGCUGAAGGUUUUGUCCAUGAGAAACAGGGGAAACGGUUAUUUGAGGUCGGAGAAGGAUACUUCAACGAUCUGAUAAAUAGAAGCAUGAUCCAGGCAAUGGAGAGUGAACGGAAUGGCAUAGUAUAUGGUUGCUGUGUUCAUGAUAUGGUUCUUGAUCUCAUCCGUGACUUGUCAUAUGAAGAAAACUUUGUUGCUAUAUUAGAUAAUGUUGAAGGCACAAUAUCAAAGGGCAAUGUACGUAGGUUAGCCCACCAAAAUAGUAUCGCAGAGCACAUUACUCCUCAGGCUAACGAUAUGGACAUGCCACAAGUGAGGUCAUAUAUUGUGUUUAGGUGUGAUAUUAAUCAACAUGUCCCACUUUCGAGCUUUAAACUUCUACGUGUGCUGGCCAUAGAAGAUUGCAAAGGUGUCCGUCUUGAGAAUCUUGGGAAUUUACUUCAUUUGAGAUAUCUUGGGCUAAGACGUACAAAUAUUAGUGAGAUCCCGAAACAAAUAGAGAAUCUGAAGUUUCUGCAAACACUUGAUGUGACGGAUACUGGGAUAAGAGAACUGCCAGCAAGUUUCUUCAAGCUAACACAGUUGAUGUGCCUAUGUUCUGCUUCAAAAGGAAUGAGAGUGCCGGAUGGAUUUGGACAGCUGACAUCCCUGGAGGAGCUGAGGAUAAUACUACCUGGCACAGACGACAAGUCUAAGAUGGAGAGGUUUGUGAAGGAUCUGGGCAGCCUGAAACAACUGAGGGUGCUCCAGACUCGGUUUGAUGUGAUGGAUGACAGCCUGCAGAAAGAUUUGGUGGAGUCUCUAUGCAAUCUCCACAAGAUACAGCAUCUAAGUCUGUUUUUCGAAGAAUUUAUCGAUGCAGUUGAAGCCACGUGGGAAGCACCAGGCUUUGUGCUCCCGAAAGAUCUCCGUCAUUUGAAUUUGUUCAACAUUAAGUUCCCUAGGCUGCCGUCAUGCAUUAAUCUCUCGUGUCUUCCCAACCUCUCUUUCUUGCGUUUGGAAGUGAAAACUAUGGAUGAGCAGGUUCUGGAAAAACUUGGUAGGUUGCCGGAACUCCGUUAUCUCAGUCUGCAUACCGACUCCGUGGUAACAAUAAGCAAUAUUAAUGCCGGUGAUAGAUUCUUCCAGAAGCUAAGGUGGUUCCGGAUGCCAUUUGCAAUGGUCCAGUUUCAGGGUAACGAGGACUCGAGCGUUUCAUUUCAUAUAUGGAAUGGAAACGGUGUUGUGCCCUUUGGCUCCAGAAAAAACGACCGCAGCAGCCUGCCCGUUGCCGUGAUGCCAAACCUUCAAGUGCUUCAGAUUGCUGUCUUGCUCGAGUGCUUGGAUGGCAACUUUGACUGUGGCAACAUUGGCUUGGAAUACCUGCAUUCGCUUAAGAGAGUCAAAGUGUGUAUCUAUUGCAGGGGUGCGUCUGAUGCGAAGGUGAAUGAAGCGCAGGCUGCGCUGCAGAACGAAAUCGAGGCCCAUCGCAACUGUCCCGUGCUUGAUCUUCGUCUGGACCAAGUAGAGUAUAUACGGCGACGAACAGCUGAGGGACGGUGAUGUACCCACCGAAAAAGAAGGUGAGGAGGAGCAGGAUGAGGCCUCCUGCUGGUGUCUCCCAAUUAAGCAUAGCGAACUCCUGAAUCGAUUCAAAUUUUAAUCCAAACUUUGCCUGCAUGCUGCAUAUGUACGUACGUACUCUCUCUGCACCCUCUUCCGUUUCCAUCGCAUUUUUCUGCUUCUUCUUCAGUACGCAGCCAAUCAUGUUCAGUAGCGUUGUUAGCUGGAUGAACUACUCUGCUUCCGGGCACCAUUUUCCACGUGCCCUUGUGCCACAAGUUUCUGCUGGGUGUUGCAGAUCGUGCACCUCAGUCAACGUAAUUCUGAUGAGUUUUGGAAAUUUUAGAGAAUUCUCAACUGACGUAAUAUAUCUACACCAAAAUAAACAUUGACCGUUAUAUACAAGGGUGUAAGCACACUUUCUUGAACACCGUAUGCUUGCCAUUAAGCAAAUACAUGCACGCUUGCUUUUGCUCAUGUUAUAUUAAGUCUCUCACACACACUCUCUUUAUAUAUAUAUAUAUAGACACACACAUAUCAGAAAGUAGUAUAUACUUCAAUUAUAAUAGAAUCAAAUAUAAAUUGAGAUUCCGAGAGUAAAAACUAGUUUUUCUAUAUAUAUAUAUUUAUUAGUCUUGCUUUGCCACUACACAUAUUUACAUACCUAGCUAUAUAUCUGCCUUGACAAACAAAACUAGUGGCAGUAAACUCAUUCGCAUCUUACCAUGGCAUAUCACGUAUGCUCGUAGCUUAUUCUAGUUCUAUGUGUAUGCGAUUCCUUUCCGAUCCUAGCUGGUCAGGUAGCAAAGUUAAACAGUACUGAACUAGCUCUUCAAAUUCCCCGCCUACUUUGAGUUGCAUCCUGCUAGCUGCAUAAACUCUAUUUCUGGGCACCACUCGAUUCCCUUUUCUGGUCUCUGCAUUGUAGCUACGUGUCCUUCAUCACAUUGUUGCAACUUGCAAAUAAUUCUAAGUUUUAUACUUUCCUUUUUAGUGUACUAGAGAACAGAGGUUACAAUUUUUUAUUCAAAUUUUAUUAUUCUAAUUUAGUUAAGAACAAUUGCUAAUUCUGUUCAUAGCAUUGCCACCCAUCAAAAUCACAGGUUCCUUAAUUAAACACUUAAACCUUAAAAUUAAGAUUCCACAGUUCAUAUAUAUACCAGGUGUACGCAACAUAUAUUUGGUCUGCUGCCACUAGCAUUGGUUUACUUGUUUUGCCAUUGUAGAUGUAUGCACGCGUAUAUGCUUUGAUAUGUGUGUGCUCAUUCAUAUAUAAUUAACCAUACUCAUAUAUACAUUUUUUCAUGU